UGGCUGAUGGUGCAGCUCGGCGCGGGCUCCGCGGCGUUUGUGGUGCACGUGGAUGUCCGGCGAGCCGAGCGGCCCCUGAGGCACUUUUGGAGGAGUACAGGCUUUUGCCCUCCUUUACCUCACAGCUCUGCUGACCUAUUUGACCUAAGCAAAGAUCAAGAGAUGAACCUUGCAUACAUUUCUUCUGUUCCUCAUGAUGGCAUUGAACAAGUUCGAAUUCACUGGUUACUGGAAUUGAUUACUGUCAGACCAGACAAAGCUCUCUUCAGUAGAAGACCUCUGCUGAUGGUUACCCCAUAUGCUGCCUUUCAUUUCCUGAUCAGGACUAUGAUGUACCGAUGGAGAAUGAUGAAUGAGAAACUUUACUACAAUUUUACUGCCUUGGAUAACCUUAUGGAUCGUCUGUGGGAAAACAAGCUUACUCCAGGAUUUGAAUUGAUGGGCAAUCCAUCAGGAUAUUUUCUAAAUUUUGAAGAUAAAGAGCAAGUAGUAAGAUGGAGAAACUUAGUUACACUUCUGGCCAGCAGAUACAUAGAUAGAUACGGAUUGGAGCAUGUUGCUAAAUGGAAUUUUGAAACUUGGAAUGAACCAGAUCACCAUGACUUCGACAAUGUGUCUAUGACAGUGAAAGGGUUUCUCAACUAUUAUGAUGCCUGCUCAGAAGGAUUAAGAGCAGCUAGUAGUCUACUAAAAUUUGGAGGACCUGGGGACUCCUUCCACCCCUUUCCCAAGUCACCCAUAUGCUGGAGUCUUCUGUGUCAUUGCUACAAUGGAACCAACUUUUUCACAGGAGAGACUGGUGUAAGGUUGGACUACAUCUCUCUUCAUAAGAAGGGAGGUGGGCGUUCUCUCUACAUCUUGCAACAAGAAGUGGAAGCAGUUGAACAAAUACAGAAGUUAUUUCCAAAUUUUGCUUCCAUUCCCAUAUACAACGAUGAAGCAGAUCCAAUGGUUGGAUGGUCUAUUCCACAACUGUGGCGAGCUGAUGUGACAUAUGCAGCUAUGGUUGUAAAGGUAAUCAUCCAGCAUCAAAACUUACUGAUUUCCAAAGCCAACAACACCAUUAACUAUAGACUGUUGAGUAAUGACAAUGCCUUCAUGAGCUACUACCCCCAUUACUUCACACAGCGGACUCUGACAGCACGUUUUCAGAUGAACAAUACAAAGCCACCUCACGUCCAGAUGGUGCGGAAACCAGUGCUGACUGUCAUGGGCUUGCUGGCACUGCUAGGAGAAAAGCAGAUUUUUGCGGAAGUAAACAGCGGUGAAGGUGAAAGCACUGAAAACAGCACCUUUGGUGUCCUGGCAUCUGUGCACACCCCAAGUAAGCUUCAGCCCUCAGACAGUUGGCAAGCUACUCUGCUGAUGUAUUCAAGUGAGGAUAACAGGACUUCAUCCAAUGUCAGCACCAUCACAGUGAACGCCACCCACUUCCCCAAACUUAGAGAGCCAGUGUAUGUGAUGUAUUACCUGGACAACAACCAAACCAAUCCCUAUCUGAAGUGGAAAAAAGUAGGAAGCCCUGACUUUCCUUCCCCAGAACAGUUCCAGCAAAUAAGGGACGCUGAGGACCCAGUGGUAACAGGUCCCUUGCCUUUUCCUGAAAGUGGCACCUUGACACUGAAGCAAGACUUCCCUAUUCCGUCAGUCUUUUUGAUCCACAUCUGUUCAAGACCCAGUUCGGUUCCUGAUCAAGUGACCGGUGUUCGUUUCAUCCCUCUCACAAAGGGACAGGUUAUUGUGCUGUGGGACGAUGGCUGUGUAAAUUCAAAGUGUAUAAAGACAUUUGAAGUUGAGUUCUCACCAAAUGGAAAAGUCUACAACCGUAUUAAUGCCAAAGACACAAUAUUCACUCUGUAUGUCUACAGUCCAGGAAGCUCAGUCUCCGGCUUUUACAGGGUGCAUGCCAUUGACUACUGGGGAAAAGCAGGCCUGUCCUCUGUUCCUGUGGAGUAUGUUGAAGCUCUCAAGUGACUCUGAAGAGUGGUGCCUGGUUUGUUGACGGAGUGAUGUAUUCUUCCUGCAGAUGACAACUCCCCAGAAAAGUAAACUCCUCCCAAUCUACAGGGGGAGUAUAGAAAGGACCUGAUGAAGCAAGUUAGGAACGCAAGUCAGAAGCAACUGCCUCUAUUAACUCUUCAGAGAUCAAAGACAGUGUUAUCAAAAAACCACUGCUGACAACAGUUAUAGGACUGGCAUUCAGUUUGGUAGCUAGAAAUUAUUGUUUGCUAUUUUACACCAAUCUGAUAUGCAGAACAGACAGAUAUUCAUGAAGGUCACAAACUGCAGCAGGAGCAAUGCCAUCACUUUACUAUAUGGGCGAGGAUGGCAGUAAAGGCACAAGGAGGACCUGUCUGAGAGUGAGCUGCCUGCUUCAGCUGCCUGACUGUAUCUUGACGUAAAGAGUGAUAGAAGAGCAGAUGGCAACCAGACUUGCACAUACAGAUCAUGAAGUGGAAGGUCCUGUCUUUCCCAUCAGUUAAAUACAUGCUCCUGAGGGUUGUUUCAGAGCACUUCCACUCUUCUUAGGUGCAGGAGGUUCUUCUCCCUCUUACAAAGGGAGUUCCUGCCUGUAGACUGCAUUGCGCCUGCUGCUUGCUGCCUUUGCGUAAGUCACCUCCUUGCCUUUGUGGAGGUCUUUGUGUUUGUACAGAACCAUGAGUUACUGCCUCUUUAGGGUGAAGAUUCUAGCUCCAAAAGUGUCUCUUCCUCUCCAUUCCACUCUUACCUAAUCUCGCUUUAUACAGCCCUUCAGGUAACAUCUCUCCCCAGCAUGCUUCCCUUCUGGAGUUUCAUGCUUAGACUGUAAAGGAGCUGAGGCUUGGCUUUGGAUUCCCAGGAAAGUUAAAAUGCUGGUUAAAGCCUUUUGUGUUAUAGCAUAAUGCACAGUUACAUUUAACAGAGGGCUACAGCUGACAACCAGCUAGGAAACUAAUCAAGAGCAGUUUGAGUCUCCAUAUUUCAGAAACCACAUGCUCAAGUGUGUUAUUGCUCCAGAUAAUGAGCUACGGAACACCUCUGGCUGUCCUUGCAAAUGCCAAACACUUUAUGCAACAACAAAGUUCCUUGAAAUUGCAGGGGUGUUUUUUCUACUCACCCCUCUUCACAGCAGCACAGUUUGAGCAGUGCCUUUAAAAUGCUUGUAGAGGGAAAGAUAUUGCCAGUGAAAACAGCUGGAAUGUUUUCCAUUAGAGGAGCAACUUUGUCACACAAACAUCUCCCCUGCUGCUCUCUUUGCUGACAUCAGACACCUCACCAGCCUCACAACGAAGCCUGCAUUUUUGAUGAAACGCAGACAAAAAAAAAAAAAAAGUUUGCACAGCAGGAGAUAGCUGAACUGUCUAAAAUGGCUGCGUAUUUACAGCAUGGGAAAGAAACAUACAGAAUGUCAGUAUUCAAUGACACUUUCUAGUUAUUUGUUCAAGUGCUUAUACUAAAAGCUAGCCUUAAAAAAUUUGACCUCAGAAUUCAGGGGAAAUAUUUCUUACCUCACUGAAGUUUGACUGAGGAGUGAUUGUUGCAUCCAAAUCUGCCAAUUCCUUACUUGUAAAGACUUGUACACAACAAGAAAAAAAACAUCAGAGUCUUCUUAGUUGGUAAUUAUACCAGUUUCAGAAAAGCGUCAGUGAGAAGUCCUACCAGAAUGGGGAUAGUAAAAAUACAUUUUAACAUUGUUACAACUACAUCCAAGUGAAGAAUCCAAAAAUGAAGAUAAGUAGAUCCACUAGAUAAGAUACAGAGUUUGCCAGUAUGAGGUGGAACCACUGAGACACAUUUAAGACACAUUUAAGUAUGAAUAGUGCAUCUGAAAUGGGAAUAAUAUAAAAGCAUGAGAGGACAGUUAGGAUGCCAUAUUUAUGUAGUCUUACUAUGAUUUCCCUGCGUGGGCAGCUACUGCAUGUAGUAGUAGUUUUCAAUUCAAGGACUAUACAAUAGUUAUAAAAAUAAUAUUUGCAAAAGCAGACCUAAGAAUAUUGUAGAUGCAGGUAGAAUCUAUUCUGUCAGGAUCAACUUCAGCCACUUUGAAGUCACCAGCAACCUCUUUUAGGUCUCCUACAUUAAUCAUCCAAAGUGUGGAUGGUGCUUUUUCAAGUAUUCACUGGCACUGGCAACUGUGCAUGGAAAACAGCUGACCAAAAAUGGUGCACUAACUGUUCAGAAACAAGUUUUACAUACUCAGCAAGAUUUAUUUAUUUUUCUACUUCUUCUUUGUUGCUUUAGUAUAAACUUACUCCUUUAAGCAAUGAGCAAAUCCAAAAAUCUGUAAUAGAGGAUAGAAAGUUUCUAGACUAGAAUUUGUUCCCAGCAAGGUAUGAACUUGCUGCUCUGGUCUUUUCUGUAUUUCAGUGACUACAAAAUCUGCUACUUACAACUUGAAACUUGAGUUCUCUAUGACUGUUUGCCACUGACUGUCUCAUGGGGCUUCUAACAUUGCUUGCUUAGUCGUUCAUUUCUACCAUCUCCUCCUUUACUGGGACAGCGGUCAGCUUUCUCCAGUGCUUUAAGGUUUCAUAAGUGCUGGAUGUGCAUAAAUGAUAAGUGGGGAGUAGCAGGUGCUCGGUGGUUUUUGUAGCUUCUGAGCCAAAGCAGCACUGCAGAGUUCUCAGAUAAGUCAUCUUCUGGCUAAGCAAUAGAAAUAAGAAAAUCUAACUGCAACCUCAAGAUAAGAUGGUGUGCUUUUCAAGAGGCAAAAGCUUCUGAGAUUGUUUUGCAACUGUUUGUUAAAAUGAAUACAAAGGAAAAAUCAAGGGGAUAUUUUAUAUUGUUUAAUUGUGUAUAUACUGGAUUUGUUACCAUCUUUUGUGCUGCACAAUAAAACAUCUCUGUUUUAGCAAGUAUGAAUCCUGCUAAAACAAGGUGCAAUCACUGUG